CUUGGCCCAAAAAUCCGAUUCUAUCAGGUGGGUUUUCAACGAAUAUUUGGGUGUUAACCUAGAACCAGCCGUUCUAUCUCCCACCAUUCUGGAUUCAUCGCGCCAAACCUCCAGCAAUUAGUCGCCAUUAGUCGCCAGAGAGCUUUAGAUUUCUGCGUUUGCUUGGUCGACGCUUUAGGUCCGAAUCAGAAUGCUAGUUGGAAAUGAUGGCUGAAUCUCCUCCCUCCAUUCCGUUACGUUCAAAUGAGACACCGGAUCCGCCGACGCCGAAUCAGCAGCCAGAGCUGGUUCGGCAACAGCUUCGGUGCCGAGGCUUGGAGCCGUUUCGCGUUGGUCGUGUGUCCUCGGUAUACGUGGUCCCGGAUUACCUUACAGUGCAGGAGGAGCAGUUGCUGAUGUCACAGGUGGCGUCAGCCCCAAUCACCAAGUGGAAGAACGUGACUGGCAGGAGAUUGCAAAACUGGGGCGGCGUGGUGCAUGAUAAGGGGCUCAUAGCGCAACCGUUACCUGCGUGGCUGCAGCACUUCACAUCUCGCAUAUCAUCUGAUCUCAGCAGUCUCUUCCCCUCCCCCGUCAACCACGUGCUGGUGAAUGAGUACAAGGAGGGGCAGGGGAUCAUGCCUCACCAGGACGGCCCAGCCUACUUCCCCUGUGUCGCCAUUCUCUCUCUUGGCCUGCCUGCAACCAUGGCAUUCACUCCGCACCAAAGGCUGGCACAGCAACACGGAGAGGGGAGCGAAAGAGCAGGAGCUGCCAGCAAAGGUGCUGCCAUCCCCUGCGCCGACUCUGACAGCGGAGGGGAUGGGAAGGAGGAAGUGGGGGGAGCAGAGGCAGGGGAGCGGUGCUCUGAUGGCGGUGGCGGUGGCGUGAUGAUGAGGGAGUGUGUUGCUGCUCCUCAUUCUGAGGCUACUCUAGAGACGCCUGUAGUAGUAGUGAGGAGGGAGUGCGCUGCUGUGCCUCCUCGGAGCCUGCUGGUGUUUAAGGACGAAGCGUACACAGGUGAGAUUAUCUUCACGGUGCUACAACUUGUACUUCAACAGAAGCUGCAUAUAACGAAUCUGGCUCAUUGAGCGAUCCUGUCCGCAUAUCCCUUACUUGUAGAUACGUACCACGAACCAUGAAAGCGGUGUUCAAGCUGAGGUGAAAAAGUUUCCAUCCAGCAAAUAUGCUUCACAUAAUUUCUCCACUGUACGCCACACCAGUUCCCUCAAGGUUGCAUAUACACCGCCAAUAUAUU